AUGAUGAAGGAUUGCAUUGACUAUUCCAAGGGAUGUAAGGCUUGUCAAAGGCAUGGCCCAAUCCAGCAAGCUCCUUCAGUUCCCAUGAAUCCAGUAGUCAAGCCAUGGCCUUUCAGAGGAUGGGCAAUGGACCUCAUUGGCAAGAUCUAUCCAGCCAGCAGCAAGCAGCACUAUUUCAUCAUUGUAGCUGCAAAUUAUUUCACCAAAUUGGUAGAAGCCAAGCCUGUUAAAUCCACUACAUCUCAAGAGAUCAUCACUUUCAUAGAAAAGCAGAUCAUACAAAGGUUUGGCAUUCCAGAAUCAAUCACGACUGACAGAGGAUCUUCUUUCAUAUAUGGAGAGAUGCUAGAUAUGGCAGAAGCAUUCAAAACUUCAAAGAGAGAGGCAACUGGCAUGACCCCAUAUGCUCUAACUUAUGGCCAUGAUGCAAUUUUGCCUAUGGAGAUAGCGGUCCAGUCCCUCAGAAUUGCUCAUCAACACAGUCUGAUUGGAGAAGACUACUCUCAAGUUAUGCUGCUAGAACUGGAAGGAUUGGAUGCAAGUAGGAUUGAUACCCUCAACAAACUCUUGGCUAGAAAACAGGCUAUGUCAAGGGCCUACAACAAGAGAGUUAAAAACAAGAUUUUUGAAGAAGGAGAGAUAGUCUGGAAAGCAGUUCUGCCUCUUGGAACACACAUAGCUGGAUAUGGAAAGUGGUCCCUACAUGGGAAGGUCCUUUCAUAA